GUUCUGGAGCGUCAUUAUGCAGAGAACAGCGUCGAGGUUACAAUGGUCUGAGCUGGGUUGGUGGAUGCAGCGUCCGAGGCGUAUAUGGCCCUUUAUACUGCCUGGACAGGCUGGUGCUUACGGAUCGGCACAUAGAGUUGCGCGGCAUGCGGCGGGAGCCUGAGGGCGCGCGUACUGAUGACGUCCGCUGCCUUCCCAGGGAUCGAUCUCUCCUGGCUCCUGUGGGUCCCCGUCUCCCAGCCACCCGGUCUGAGCGACAUUCACCACGACGACGUUGAUUCUGCUGGGUAUUGGGACUUUGGGCUAACCUGCACAGUGUACCCAGAUGGCAAGAUACCAAAUCAGGUCAACGACGCCAGCCGCGCCUGGUGGCCUGGCUGCACUGGCAACGUAAGCAAAUGGUGCAUACCGACGUCGUCGCGUACGGGGGGCAGCAUAAACAGGCUUAUGAGCCACGCAAUUCACCGCGGUCAAACGACGGGCAUGCGAGCGCCGCUGAGCAAGCUACGCAGUCCUCGGCGGUCACCCUGCUCACAGGCAUCGCCGUCGCUUGCGAGGCCCUUCGGCGCACCCACCAAGCAGCGUAAGCAUGCUCCUCCGAACAGUGCCUGGGUGCGUUUUACAUAGGACAGCCCCACGCGCUGCUCCGAAACCCAAGAGGUUGGUGUGUUCUCGGUAUUGUCAUCAGACAACUGGUGGUGUCAGUGCUAUCACAGUCCACUGGUAGCCUCGUCCGUCGUGCCAGUUGCGAUCUUCCAGUCUCCCACUGGUUGUAUCUUCCGAGUAGGCCCGCAAUCCUCGGA